AUAUUUACACAGAAAAGCAAGAGCGAGACACUCCGUGAAGCAAAAAAGCACAGUAAGAAGAAGAAAGAGAACUCGAAAACAUGAGCAGCAUUGGAACUGGUUACGAUCUAUCGGUCACUACUUUCUCUCCAGAUGGACGCGUCUUCCAGAUUGAGUACGCCGCUAAAGCCGUCGACAACAGCGGGACUGUGAUUGGGAUCAAAUGCAAAGAUGGGAUUGUGUUGGGUGUGGAGAAGCUUAUUCCGUCGAAAAUGAUGCUACCGGGUUCCAAUAGAAGAAUACACUCUGUCCAUCGCCACUCUGGGAUGGCUGUAGCAGGAUUAGCAGCAGAUGGCAGGCAAAUUGUUGCUAGGGCUAAGGCUGAAGCAAAUAACUAUGACAGCACGUACGGUGAACCUAUUCCUGUUAAGGAACUUGCUGAUCGUGUGGCUAGUUAUGUGCACCUCUGUACGUUAUAUUGGUGGCUCAGACCUUUUGGAUGUGGUGUCAUCCUAGGAGGUUAUGACAGAGAUGGACCACAGUUGUACAUGGUCGAACCUUCCGGUGUUUCCUAUAGGUAUUUUGGUGCUGCAAUUGGGAAGGGCAGACAGGCUGCUAAAACAGAGAUUGAAAAGUUAAAGCUUGCUGAUAUGACUUGCCGACAAGGAGUUAUUGAAGUAGCUAAGAUUAUCUAUGGAGUUCAUGAUGAGGCCAAGGAUAAAGACUUCGAACUAGAAAUGAGCUGGGUGUGCGAUGAAUCUAAGCGUCAACAUGAAAAGGUCCCAGAUGAUCUUCUAGAAGCUGCCAAGGCAGCAGCCAAAGCAGCUCUUGAAGAAAUGGAUGCUGAUUAAACUAUUAAAUGUAGUAUUUGUUCCAAAGAUGUAUUUCAUGACUUUGUAAUUGAGCAUUAUCUAGAGGAAAUUCAAAGGCUUGAACGGUUGGAUUUUGUAUGCUUAUUGAUGAUUCAAUGCCCUUGUUGUUUUCCUGUUUAUGCGGACAAAUGUUUUUAGUACUUUAAAUACUUCCCUUUAUCCAUUAGCUUCAUUUUGAAGUUAA